AACAUGAUGCUCAAAAUUGCACAAAAGACAUUGAGGCCCAACAGGGAAAAGAAGAGAUGGAUGAGGGGAGUAGGAGUGGACAGAAGAGAGAGGUAGGAGGGAUGGGUACUGACUGGAGCCAGGGGUCAGAGGAGAUGCACAGCAGAGCAAACACAAGGAGCUUGGCCAUGAAGAAUGACGAGGAUAACAAGGGGGAAGGAGGAAAGGGCUGCCACUAUGGGAACAUGUGGAAGGGAGGGUGGAUGCUGAACGAGAGACUGGCCAUCAACGUGGCGGGUAUGAGGUAUGAGACUCAGCUUCGCACGCUGGCCCAGUUUCCAGACUCCUUGCUGGGGGACCCUCAGAGACGGCUGCGCUAUUUUGACCCGCUGAGGAACGAGCUGUUCCUGGAUCGGAACCGGGUCUGCUUCGACGCCAUCCUCACUUACUACCAGUCGGGUGGACGCCUCCAGAGGCCCUCCGAGAUCCCGGUGGAUGUUUUCCUGGAGGAGAUUCGGUUCUACCAGCUGGGCGACGAGAUCAUGGAACGCUACAAGGAUGAGGAGGGCUUCCCUAAAGAGGAAGUGCGCAUUCUGCCCGAGGGCAAGAUAGCAAGUAACGUGUGGAUGCUUUUCGAGUAUCCCGACUCCUCGCGCUCCGCCCGCAUCCUCACCAUCUUCAGCAUCAUAAUCAUCAUUCUGUCAGUCAGCACUUUCCUCCUUGAGACAAUACCUGAGCUGCAGACCCCCAGUCCACCAAGCAAGAUUUUCUAUCUUCUUACACUUGGAAAGGUAAGUCACGGCAUGUGGUGCUGUUGGGUGGAAAAUUAUCAUAUGAGAAUGUCUUUCUACAUGUUAUCCGAUAGUUAUGUUAGUCUCUGAAAUGAACUCGCAUUACCCACACAGAAUCCAUAGGAUCUGUAAUGUCACUUAUUAGGCCUCUGGCUUCUAUAAAACAUAAUGGUUGUGUGUAAUCUAUAGGGUUGUUGAAAUUAUUAUUUUUGCCUUUUCAGUGCUAAAAUAGGGACAGCCAUUGUUCUAUGAUUGUGGUUCAUAUGAAUGAACCUUUACAUUUUUCGUAUUACAUAAGCAGUAAAGUCCAUUAGAAAAAAGAUUCAAUACAAAUAUUUCAUCAGUGUUUUGUUAGUUUUUGUAAGAUAAGGUACUUGUCUGAGGCACAAUUCAAAUAGGUCAGAAAAAAAUAUUGUGUUAUAAAAACUCAAAAUAUACCAUUUUCAAAAAUGUAUUCACUUAUGACAGAUGAACAAUCACCCACAAAAAACCAACAAUAAAAGAUGUUUGUGUGUGAGUGAGAGAGAGAGAGAGAGAGAGAGCAAGAGAGCUGUACGCUGCCCCCGCUCGCCCGCUCACAGCCACUGAAGACCACUCCGCUGAUCAUCGCUCCCUGCACCAGUCAAUUUUCACCCCGCUUGAUCCAAAAAAUAAUGCAUUCUGGGUCAGUUAUAUUUCAGACUCCGGGUGUAAAGCCCCAGGAUGCGGAGCGAUAUGGCUUCAGUUUUAUUUUUAAUCCUUCCACUCCCGUUCCGGGCUCGCUCCCGCUCCGCUCCGCUCCCCUCACAAGCUCAAGAGAUGUUUUUUGUUCUGUUUCAUAAGCCAGAUGCCAGCAGUUGGAAAUCACGCCACAUAUUAUUUCAGUUAACGAAAAUGUUUCUUUUUUCCACAUUUAGUUUUCGUUAUUUCAUAUACCUCAUCCUAGCAAAUACAGGUGAUAGAGUUACAAUGUGGGAGAGGGCGAGCAGGGCUGAUUGCAGAGGUGAAGCCUCUCAUAUUUCCCCUUUAAAGGUCCUAUUAAUAGGGCAAGAACAACCUUCAGACCAGAUCAGUACUUAUAAUAGAAACUGCAUUUGCAAGAGAAACGUUCUUUAAGUGUAGGUUAAUUUGUUGAUUAUAUAUGUUUAUAUGUUAAUUAUAUUGAACAUUGUCAUGGUUCCGGGUGGCUCGGGUGCGAGAACGUGGCAUAGUGCACAAAAAGGGUGGAUGA